AUGUUCAAGUUCAGACACUAUGUAUGGACGGUUAGUCAUGACAUUGGUGAAAUUGAAUAUACACCAACAGAAAGUGAACGAACAUCACAAGAUUAUAUAAUAAUAUCAAAAAGUAAAACACGUUUACUUCUUGAACUUCUUACAGUGACUAGUAUUGAUGAAGAGAAAUUAAUUCGUAAUCGUGUUUUACAUUCAUUAUAUUUUAAUGAACAACCAUGGCAUAUACAUCCAAUUGCUUCUGAAGAAUCAUCAGAAUUACGUUAUCUUCAUUCUACACAAAAUCUAUUUAAUUAUAUCUCAAAUUAUGACAAUAAUACUUUUCUUUAUGUUAAAUUACUUCGAGGUAGAUCACCAAUAAAAACAAUUGACUGUAAUGUUUAUAUGUUAUUCAGAAGAACUUUAAUUGGUGAUAAAAUUCCUAUAUGUCAUGUUAAAGAUCAUGUAAUAUCUCUUGUUAAUCCAGAUCUUCCUGUUUUUAAGUUAAAUUACUAUUAG